CCUUACUUAGAGAACAUUCCUAGUAAAUGGGUAAGAACUUCCUGUAAGACAAAAAUCAGCACCUUGACCCACGUUCUUGGGAGCCUUUACGCAUGCGUCGUUAAGUGGCGAGGCACGGAGUUCGAACUGGUCGUGCUACAAUUGUUCGUUUCAAACAUUCGAGAGAGUAAACAUGUCCACAAGUGACUUCUAUUUGAGAUAUUAUGUCGGGCACAAGGGAAAGUUUGGACACGAGUUUCUGGAAUUUGAAUUCAGACCAGACGGUAAACUGAGGUAUGCAAAUAACAGCAACUACAAGAACGACGUUAUGAUCAGAAAAGAGGCAUACGUACACAAGAGUGUGAUGGAAGAGCUAAAAAGGAUCAUCGAUGACAGUGAAAUCACCAAGGAAGAUGAUGCACUGUGGCCACCUCCGGACAGAGUUGGAAGACAGGAGCUGGAGAUCGUCAUUGGGGAUGAGCAUAUUUCAUUCACAACCUCCAAAAUUGGCUCCUUGAUUGAUGUCAACCAGUCAAAGGAUCCAGAAGGUCUUCGUGUAUUUUAUUACCUGGUUCAAGAUCUGAAAUGUCUCGUCUUCAGUCUGAUUGGCCUUCACUUCAAGAUCAAGCCGAUCUAAAAUGUGGCUUUGCUUGUUUAAAAUACUUGAUUGUGUCUGUUUGUACAUUUGCUUUUGAUUGAAUUUGAAAUAAAAAGCCAAGAAAGAAA